CUGGAUCUGGAUCUAUGUCCCACUCCGUCCGGGCUGCAGGAAGCGCCUUCCCACCACUGAGUGGGAGCCGGAGCAAGUGCGGGGCGACUGCGGGGGAUUCCGUCUCUCUUCCGUCUCUGAUCCUGGCUCUGUUAUCUGGAGGAAAAACCUUUCUCUUUUUAAGCAUCUUUUCCCGAAGUGAAGGCGUGCAGGGAUCCCUGGAGCAGAGCACCAGAGAUCUGAUCUGAUGAGUGUGUGGGCUCCCAGCUGAUGAGCAGCUCCCCCCGGACCCGAGCAGAGCAGAGCACCAGUCAGAAUAUGGGCCUGGGAUCCAGAGGGCUGCCACCUUUCACCAGAGCUGUUCUCCACCUCGUGUUGCUGGCCAGACUGGUCCCCCCGUCCCACGCUGAGAGCAUACCCAGCUUCAUCAAGUCCCCCGAUGAUCAGAUAGGGAUUUCAGGAGGAGUGGCGUCAUUCGUUUGUCAGGCUGUCGGUGAACCCAGACCUCGCAUCACCUGGAUGAAGAAAGGGAAGAAAGUCAGCUCUCAGCGAUUUGAGGUGUUGGAGUUCGACGACGGGUCCGGCUCAGUGCUGCGCAUCCAGCCUUUGAGGACGCACCGCGAUGAAGCCAUCUACGAAUGCACAGCCAGCAACAGCGUGGGCGAGAUCAACACCAGCGCCAAGCUCACCGUGUUGGAGGAGGACCAGAUACCCCACGGUUUCCCCAACAUCGACAUGGGGCCCCAGCUGAAGGUCGUGGAGAGGACGCGGACCGCUACGAUGCUGUGUGCGGCCAGCGGACACCCCGACCCAGAGAUCCACUGGUUCAAAGACUUCCUGCCCGUGGACAUCGACAGCAGCACCGGGCGGAUCAAGCAACUGCGCUCAGGUGGUACACCGAUAAGAGGAGCGCUUCAGAUCGAGAACAGCGAGGAGUCGGACCAGGGCAAGUACGAGUGCGUGGCGGUGAACAGAGCUGGGACCCGGUACUCCGCUCCGGCCAACCUCUACGUCCGAGUUCGCCGUGUGCCUCCCCGUUUCUCCAUCCCCCCCACUAAUGCCGAGGUCAUGCCUGGCGGCAGCGUCAACCUCACCUGCGUGGCUGUCGGGGCUCCCAUGCCUUUCGUCAAGUGGGUGAGUGGAGAAGAGGAGCUGACUCAGCAGGACGAGAUGCCCAUCGGCCGCAACGUCCUGGAGCUCACCAACAUCCAGCGCUCCGCCAACUACACCUGCGUGGCCACGUCCUCCCUGGGCCUGAUCGAGACCACGGCCCAGGUCACAGUCAAAGCUCUUCCCAAGAUGCCCACCUCCCUCCUCGUGACGGAGACCACAGCCACCAGCGUCACUCUUACCUGGGACUCUGGAAACCCUGAGCCGGUGUCCUACUAUGUGAUUCAGUACCGGUCCAAACUGUCUGAUAACGGCUUCCAGGAAGUGGACGGCGUAGCCACGACGCGCUACAGCAUCGGUGGCCUCGGCCCCUUCUCCGAAUACGAGUUCCGUGUCAUGGCUGUCAACAGCGUUGGCCGGGGGCCUCCGAGCAGCACCGUGGACACCCGCACGGGCGAGCAAGCGCCCUCAUCACCACCCCUUCAUGUGCUAGCAAGCAUGCUGAGCUCCAGCACCAUGCUGGUGCAGUGGGAACCUCCAGAGGAGCCCAAUGGGCAGAUCCAGGGCUACCGUGUGUACUACAGCUCUGAGCCCGGAGACCCCCUCAGCUCGUGGCAGAUACACAACACUGAUGCCAGCCAGUUCACCACCAUCUCAGCUCUGACCGCAGACAUCACCUACAGCCUUACAGUCCUAGCCUUCACGUCUGUGGGAGACGGGCCGCCCUCUGAUGUGCUACAGAUCAAAACCAGGCAAGGAGUUCCAGCUCAGCCGUCUUCUUUCGAGGCUGAAGCUGAGCUGGAUACGCGCGUCAUGUUGUCGUGGCUUUGGCCUGUCCAGGACGCCGUCAUUAGUUUUGAUCUGCUUUACUGGGAAGCAAACACCCCCGCUGACAAGCAUCGCGUCACCUUCGGUGCAGCAGGCUCGUACGCCGUUGAUGGACUGAAGCCAGAUACUCUCUACUUGUUUUCGCUGGCCGCUCGGUCCGACGUGGGUCUGGGAGCCUUCACUCAGCCUGCUGAGGCCAGGACUGCCCAGUCCCUGCCUGCAGCUCCUCCCAGACGGGUGGAGGCAGAGGUGCUCAACUCCACGGCCGUCAGGAUGACCUGGAAGCCUCCCCUGUCGGUGAAGCAGCACGGGCAGGUCCAAGGCUACCGGCUCGUCUGCUCCAGGCUGGAGAACGGCCAGCCCUACGGCCAGUCCAUCUUCAUGGACAUUUCAACCCCGGACGCUCAGGAGGCCGUCAUCACCGGCCUGCUCCCCGAGACCACGUAUCUGCUGCUCCUGGCCGCCUACACCAGCAAGGGAGACGGAGCUCGCAGCAAAGCCAGGACGCUCACCACCACAGGAGCAGUGCCUGGAAAACCCACCAUGAUGAUCAGCACCAUGAUGGGGAACACUGCUCUGAUCCAGUGGCAACCUCCUAAAGAGAUUGUGGGGGAACAUGUGGGAUAUCAGCUACAGUACAAGCGAGCAGACGAGGAAAGUUUUACUGUCAAAGACUUUAGAAAGACAGACGAUUAUUUCACAGUAACAGGCCUCCACAAGGGAACCACUUACAUCUUCAAACUAGCUGCUAAAAACCGAGCAGGCCUUGGGGAGGGGUACAUGAAGGAGAUAGUCACCCCUGAAGACAUCCCCAGCAGCUAUCCACAAAAUCUGAGUGUUGUGGGCUUAACUUCCUCGUCCACAAAGCUGGCAUGGGAGCCUCCUCCUCUGGCAGAGAGAAAUGGAAAGAUUGUCAAGUAUGAGGUGGUUUAUCGAGAUAUUAACAGCCAGCACAACAACACGAACACUACCGCAGAAACCCAGAUGGCGAUCCAGGGUUUGCAACCUGACACAACGUAUGACAUCAGAGUUCAAGCUUUCACCAGCAAAGGAGGUGGACCCCUAAGCCCCAGCGUCCAAAUCAGGACCAUGUCCACCUCAAUGCCAGCGUUUACCAGGAACUUCGGAGCCCAGGCGGUCAUGAAGUCCUCGGUCCUGCUGACCUGGGAAGUGCCAGAAACCUACAACUCUCAAGUGCCUCUGAAGAUUCUGUAUAAUCAGCAAAGUGUGGAGGUUCAAGGCCACCUGAGGAAGAAGCUGAUCACCCAGUUGCAGCCGGACACGGAGUAUUCCUUCGUGUUGAUGAGCCGGGGAAACGGCGCCGGCGGCAUCCAGCAGCAGGUUUCCAUCCGGACGGCUCCCGACCUGCUGAGCAAGAGGCCCACUCCCUUCCAGCCGGACGAAGAGGACGACGGGAAAGUGACGAUCUUCAUGCCUGAGGUUCCUGCUGCAGUCCCCGUCAGGUGGUUCUACGUAGUGGUUGUCCCGGAGAGCCCGGAUUCCCUAAAGAGGUGGGAAAACCCUCAAGAGAUGGACAUACUUGAGCUGGUGGAGGCUGGAGCUGACGGCAGUCUGCAGGGGGAAAGCCAAGACUUCCUGCAGCCCUUCAUCGCCGCUAAACUCCACGCCCUGCCAGAGGUCUUCAUUCUGGGAGACGAGAAGAAAUACAACGGCUUCUACAACAAGCUUCUCCCCGGCGAGCAGCAGUACCGCUGCUUUGUCCUAGCGGACCUGAUGAAGCACGAGCCUCAGAGGACGUUUGCGUCCAGCCCCGUCUCCGAGGCGUUCCUGGUGAAGCUCAGCGGGGUGAUACGGCAUCCUCAGGAGGACCCAGAGAUGCUGUGGGUGAUGGGUCCCGUGCUGGCUGUUAUCAUCAUCAUCAUUGUUGUCAUUGCCAUUUUACUCUUCAAAAGGAAACAUAAAUCUGCAGCCAAGAAGGAGGACGUGGCGGGGAUGAAAGACUCGGUGAUGGCUCACAUCGCAGAUCCAGUGGAGAUGAGGAGAAUGAAUUACCAAACACCAGGGAUGAAAGAACAUAUUCCUAUUGCUACUUUCGACCUGGAAGACCACACGGAGAGAUUGAAGGCCAAUGAUGGUGUGAACUUCUCACAGGAAUAUGAGUCCAUUGAUCCAGGACAGCAGUUCACCUGGGAACACUCCAACAUGGAGCUCAACAAGCCAAAGAACCGCUAUGCAAAUGUUAUUGCUUACGACCACUCCAGGGUCAUCCUCGCGCCUGUAGACGGAGUUCCAGGAAGUGACUACAUAAAUGCCAACUACAUGGACGGCUACAGGAAACAGAACGCUUACAUUGCCACGCAAGGCCCUCUGCCAGAGACCUUCAGUGACUUCUGGAGGAUGGUGUGGGAGCAGAGGGCUUGCACAAUCGUCAUGAUGACCCGGCUAGAAGAGAAGUCACGGGUUAAAUGUGACCAGUACUGGCCCAGUCGAGGUACGGAGACGUAUGGGAUGAUUCAGGUCACUGUGCUGGAUAGUAUGGAGCUGGCUUCCUACAGCCUGCGAACAUUUACUCUUCACAAGAGUGGCUCAAGUGAGAAGAGAGAAGUUCGACAGUUCCAGUUUCUCACCUGGCCUGAUCACGGUGUACCGGAGUAUCCCACCCCGACGCUGGCCUUCGUUCGAAGAGUCAAGGCUUGUUAUUCUCCAAAUGCUGGACCCAUGGUGGUUCACUGCAGCGCCGGCGUGGGCCGCACUGGCUGCUUCAUCGUCAUAGAUGCCAUGCUUGAGAGGAUGAGGCACGAGAAGUCGGUGGACAUAUACGGCCACGUGACAUGCAUGCGGGCUCAGAGGAACUACAUGGUACAGACGGAGGAUCAGUACGUCUUCAUCCACGAGGCUCUGCUGGAAGCUGCCACUUGUGGCACCACGGAGGUCCCGGCCCGCAGCCUGUUCGCCCACAUCCAGAAGCUGAGCCACAUCACGACCGGGGAGACCACCACUGCCAUGGAACUGGAGUUUAAAAAGCUGGCCAGCUCAAAAACACACACCUACAGGUUCAUCAGCGGCAACCUGCCAUGUAACAAGCUGAAGAACCGCCUGGUGAACAUCCUGCCUUUCGAGCCCACUCGCAUCUCCCUGCAGCCAAUCAGAGGAGUGGAGGGCUCCGAUUACAUCAAUGCCAGCUACAUGGACGGAUACAGGAAACAGAAAGCGUACAUCGCCACCCAGGGCCCGUCGGCUGAAACCACCGAGGACCUGUGGAGGAUGCUGUGGGAGUACAACUCCACCAUCGUAGUCAUGCUCACCAAACUCCGCGAGAUGGGACGGGAGAAAUGCCACCAGUACUGGCCGGCCGAACGCUCCGCACGCUACCAGUACUUUGUGGUGGACCCCAUGGCGGAGUACAACAUGCCUCAGUACAUCCUGAGAGAGUUCAAGGUCACGGACGUCAGGGACGGUCAGUCGAAGACCAUUCGGCAGUUUCAUUUCACCGACUGGCCGGAGCAGGGAGUCCCUAAAACUGGAGAGGGUUUCAUCGACUUCAUUGGCCAAGUUCAUAAAACGAAAGAGCAGUUUGGACAAGAAGGACCGAUCACUGUGCACUGCAGCGCUGGUGUUGGCCGGACCGGCGUGUUCAUCACUCUGAGCAUCGUGCUGGAGAGGAUCAGGUACGAGGGCGUGGUAGACGUCUUCCAGACCGUCAAGAUUCUCCGAACCCAGAGGCUGGCCAUGGUUCAGUCAGAGGACCAGUACCAGCUGUGCUACAGGGCUGCUCUGGAGUAUCUAGGAAGCUUUGAUCACUAUGCAACAUAACCCAACCCAGAAGAACCUCAGGAGAGUGAAGUGGUCUCCGAGCCAUACCCACGCUGCUCCAGUACUCCCCGUUUCCUGAUGAGGAAGCCAUGAGCAGGCCUGGUGAGAGGAUGACAACGGUGGGACUGAGUGGAGGUUAAAGGACAGACCGGGCAAGGUGUCGUCACCUCCUUGUGGACUGCUGCCAGGACGCUGGCACAGAUCCCACACCAAAGUCCCCUGACAGUCAGCUCUGAAAGAUUUGUACUGACUCCCCGCCUCAUUCACACCACUCCUCAACAAGUUUUCUAUUUCCUUUGUUGUCACUGUAUUAAAUAUUUAAGGUUUUAUUGUCAUUUCAUAUUGUUUAACACACAAUAACAUGUCAUAAUUUGUUUUUUCUUAAAACAUGUUUCUGUCAGUUACUAUUUAAUGAUAAUGGAUACUUUUUCAACACAGUUUGAGUUAUUAAAAUUGUAUACUCACAGCUGCAGAUAAGAUCAUUUCGUAACAUGCACAUGAAGUUUUGAUGUUGUUAUUGACAAAAUGUUGUCACAGGGGAACAUUGUUUACUUUCAUCUCUAUACUAAAUGAGAAAAC